AUGUCAACUCGUAUAUUCCAAUCAGUUUUUUGACAAACGCAACGACACCGCGAACGUUUCAAACCGCCGCAAAUCCAGGCAUUAGCAUGGAAAACGAGCAAACGAACAAACAGGCCGAGUCCUUAAAGGACCUAAACCCCGAGCAGAAAUCCGACGAAGCGACCAAACCGAAGAAGAGCCACAGCCUCCUGUCCACCCUCGUCCGCCGCAGGAUAUCCAAAACCAAGAAAACCGACAAGAAGCUGGCCGACAUCCAGAACCAAACGGCCGUGAAAGUUCGAUUCAUCAGCAGCAUCAGCACCAUCGGCAGCCACUCGACGGAGCAGCUCUGUCCCUUCGACGAAGCCAGCCUGCGGACCGACGCGGUUGGACGAGCGACGCCCCAUCGAGGCCUCUUGCUUAUCAGAAAUUUGUUGCAGGAGUCGCUGGCGCCCUCGGCGAACGUCAAGCGCAGCUUCUUCGGCAAGUUGCUGAAGAAGCGCGACAGGAAGAAGUCGAGGAACGUGCACACCAUCGAGAGCAGGCACAACAUCGACGAUGUUCUCUCGCAGAUCAAAGUCGAAGAGGAGGCGAAUCCUCCGUUUGUACCCAUUUCGUUUAUAGAGCAAGAUAAACCGAGCCUACCGAAGUCGAUGUUUCAAGGAAUGGUAGCCGUGCAGAAUCUCGCGUAUCGCCUGCAACAAAGCGAAGGGCAUUUCCUGAAAAUCUUCGUUAAAUACAUCUCCGAUGUAAGCUUCCAAAAAGAGCUCGCUGAUGCUCUUUGCUCGCAUUCCCAUCUGCACUUGGAAACUGAGCGCAUGAACAACAUACUAUCGAUGGAGAUGCUGCUGAAGCAGGUGGAGCUGGAGAAGACCAGACAGGCGACGCUGCAGGACGCCUUCGAUUCGGCCGUCAGGCACAAUAGGCACAUACAGGUGGAGUACGAUAUGUUGUUUUGCUCCUACGAAAACUCGCUGAGGAAGAUCAAGUGUAAUGGACCAAAAGAUGUGAAGAGUACUGAAGGUAAUGAAGCUCAAAUACAGGAAAUAAUCAAGCACAACGUGAACUUGACUAAUAAAACUGAGGCUUUGUACAAGCAAAUAGAAGGGUUGGAGAAGAAACUAGCAGAUUUUCAAGAGAAAAACGACGGUUUGGAAAACCAGCUGUCGGAGUAUAUUGUGUUGUAUAACGAUCACGAAGCUCAUUACCAUCGCACUAAAGUCGAUUGCGAAUUGGAAAUUGCGACUUUGAACCACCAAUUGAAAAGUAAAGAGAAAGCUUUAUUCAAAGCUUUGAACGUAUACAACAAAUUCAAGCACGAUUUGUUGAGAAACAAGGAGCUUUUGUUAGUAAAUGUAGAUGUAUUACCAUGCGAUGAAGAUAAACUAGACGAAACCAUCGAAUUUAUCAAAAAUUACAUAGGCGAAUUGGUGAAAGAACUGUUCAAUUUAAAAGGAAAUCUACUGUUGAAAGAAAAUGAAAUAAAGGAAUUGUCGCAGGCGAACGAAAAACUGCUGGAAAACGCGAAACAAUCCACUUGCGAUUUGGACGAAUUCAAAAAGAAAAUCCAGGAAAGCGAGAAACUGCUGACGGAACACCGAUACAAGUGUUUCGAGGCGGAAAUGAAAAUUCAAGAGGAGAAAUUCGAACGGAACAAACUCCAGAGCGAAAUGGAAAAAAGCGCUUAUUUGCGAACGAUCGCUCAAUUGGAAAAUUCCGAUAACGAAAAAACUGCAACAAUAGAAGAAUUAAAUGGUCGCGUAAAAAAAUUAAAUGCCGAAAUGGAAAGCUUGAAAAACCGGCUGGAAAAGCUUGGAGAAAAUGAAUCCGGCGAUAUCUCGAAAGAACUGAAAAUGAAUAGAGAAAAAUUAAUUGAUCUUGAUAUGCAGUGUAUUGAACUCAAUAACGAAAAACGGGCGCUUCUGCUCCAAUUGGAGGAAUUUAGAGAGGACAAUAAGAAAUUUUCGGAAUUCCAAAUGGCCAAUAAUCAACACAUUGAACAAUUACAUUGCGAAAUGGAGAAAAUGAUGAAGGAACAUCAACAUUUAAAGCAAAAGCACGACGUUGAAAAACAAACAGUCCUUUCUUUGCAAUUCGAAAGGAAGAAAUACCUGGAAGAAAAGUCUUUGAUAAAAACUCUGUUUAACCACAUGAAGCACGAAAUCUCCCGAUUGCAGCAUUUGGAAGGAUCGGUCGUCGAUAUGAGUAAAGAAGCUAGCAAAUUAGCGCUAAUCGCGGAUUAUAAUAAGCAAUUGGGGAAAAAACUGAAAGCGGAACUGGACGAAAAAGUCAAAACCAUAACGAAUCUGCGCGUGAACGUGGAAAAACUGGACGACAUUCGAAAGGAAAACGCCGAAGAAAAGCUCCAUUUAUACAGGGAACUGGCGGAUUUGUGUCAAAUAAAAGACAGAUUAUGUAGCGAAUUGAAUUGGGAGAAACGCGAGACCGUCGAGGCGAAUAGAGCGAAAACAAACUGCACCAAUUCCACUCAGAUCCCUCAGCACGACGAUUUCCACAAAGAAGAAAAAGCGAUCCUCAAAAAUCUACUGAAAGAUCUCAAAUACGUCGUCAAACAGCGAAACUCGCUCAUAUCCGAAAGAGAUUUACUCACCAAAGAAUUGAGCGCUUUGAAUAAAACCAUAGAAGGUUACUGCGAGCAACAGAAGCAAAGCGAAAACCAAUCGAAGCGAAUCGAUGAAUUAACCGCCACGAUCAACGAGCAACUCGCCACUAUCGACAAGCAAAACCAGAGGAUUUGCAGGAUGGAAGGCGAGAGGAAAAGCGUGGAGGACAAGCUGAGGAUCAUCGAGGAUUGCGUGGGAAAGGACAGGUUGAAAAUCAACACGCUCCAAGGCAAAUUGAGCGCCGAAUUGGAAACCUACGAUGACAACGUGAGGAUGCUAGAAGAGGAAAUUGCAAGGUUGAAAAUGGAUAAAAUGAACUUCGAGGAUAGCAUAAAGUAUCUACAAAACAACACUCAGAAACUGUUUAAUGAUUUGAACCAUUCCCGCGCCUGCGAAAAGGAUUUAAGGGACGCAUUGGCGGCAUCCCAAUCUGAAAAAAUCCACCUGGAAGAAAUCCUUCGUUCCAGAGAAAAACUAACCGAAUCCAUCGAAUCGGAAAGGGACAAACUGCAAAACGAAAUGGACCGGAUUAAUUCGAUAUGCGAUGAUUUACUAUCAGGUUUCGAAACCAACAUUAAUCGGUGCUUCAAGAAAGACAAGCUUUUGAUGUCCGAAUUGCACCAAUCCCAAAAAGCCUUGCUGAACGUCAGCAACGAAAAAGACCAAUUAAACAAGGAAUUGACGCACAUUAAAGAAGACUUCAAGGCUGUCAACAGGAAUUUCUUCAAUUUAAUCGAGCAAGAACAAAAAUGGGUAACCUUGGUGAAAGCUUUCGAAGAGAAAAGAGAAACCAUCAGAAGCGUCAUUGAAGAUAAAGAAAAGCUGCUGAUGGAUAACGAGGCGAUAAAAGAGGAAUGCAAGAUGGUGAAAGAUAAACUGCUCGUAGCGAAAGAAGAAUGCGAAUCGUUGAUUGGCGAAUUGAGCGCCAUUAAAGAAGAAAGAAACGGCAGAAUCGAUGAAAUUGUAAGAAGCAACGAUCUAAAAACCGUCGAAAUAAACUCUUUAAAAUCGAACAUAGAGAAAUUGAACGAGAUAUUAGACAACGAACGCUCAUCUUACAAAUCUCUAUCGCAAGUAAAUAAGGAAAUUUCGAGUAAAUUCAUGAAGAGCGUUAAAGAUGCGGCGGAAGAGAAGAAUGCUAGAUUGGAAGCCGAAAGAAAAUUGCGAGAAUACGAAGAUUAUAUCAAUAAAUUACGUAUUAAAAAUGAAGAAUUGGAAGAUAAAGUGAACGAUUUAACCAAAAAAAUCGAAGAAAACAACGAAAUUAUCGAACAACUUGAAGAAGAAAACAAUCAGUUGAACGAUAUCAAACGAAACGUAAAAGAUAAGACCACGCAAGUACAAACAUUUAACGAAGACAUCGAAGAAUUGAAGUACCUCCAAAGCGAAAUCGAACGAAUGAAACUAAACGAAAUAGAAAGCCACAAAGCCAUAAUGGCCCUUCAAGAUCAACUGGGUUUGCUUCACAAAGAAAACACCAAUUUGGCGUUCGAAAAAUCCGCCGCCACUCUCAAACUCCACGAAUUCCAGAAGAAAUUCGAAACGGAGCAGCACAUAAGCAAGCAGCUGCAGAACGUCCAGAAGUACAUGCUCGACGGCAUACUGAAGAUGAAAGACGACGGCUCCUUGGGAUCGGAACAAUACGAUUGUCUGAUCACCUACAUCAAAAACGAUACGGACGCGGACGAUCAUCGGGACGGGCGCCACAUCAUUUGAUCACCACCCUCGUGCAAGGAUUAAAU